UCGCUAUGGAAAUGAUGUAAGUGAAGCGCGUGACUGCGGCCUGUAGUGAUAUCGAAGCCUGACAGCCGCGAUUGGGAGGUGGAGGCAGCACAGGGAAAAACCUGGAAUAAAUCUGGACAUUCUGCAGGCGGGGGAUGCCGAGUACAGCUAUGAAGAAAAAGGUGCUGUUGAUGGGAAAGAGUGGGUCUGGUAAGACCAGCAUGAGAUCCAUAAUCUUUGCAAACUAUAUAGCCAGGGACACACGGCGCCUUGCAGCUACAAUUGAUGUGGAACAUUCACAUGUCCGCUUUCUGGGAAACCUGGUCCUGAAUCUAUGGGACUGUGGUGGCCAGGACACUUUCAUGGAAAACUACUUUACCAGUCAACGAGACAACAUAUUCCGCAAUGUAGAAGUUCUUAUAUAUGUUUUUGAUGUUGAAAGUCGUGAAUUGGAGAAAGAUAUGCACUACUACCAGUCAUGUCUGGAGGCAAUUCUUCAAAACUCUCCUGAUGCCAAAAUCUUUUGCCUUGUUCACAAGAUGGAUCUUGUGCAGGAGGAUCAGCGUGACCUGAUUUUUAAGGAGCGUGAAGAUGACUUGAGGCGCUUGUCCCGUCCUUUAGAAUGUACCUGCUUUCGAACCUCCAUCUGGGAUGAGACCUUGUACAAAGCUUGGUCAAGCAUUGUGUACCAGCUGAUCCCUAAUGUACAACAACUGGAAACCAACCUGAGGAACUUUGCUCAGAUUAUUGAAGCUGAUGAGGUGCUACUGUUUGAAAGAGCCACGUUCCUAGUAAUUUCUCACUAUCAGUGUAAAGAACAGAGAGAUGCGCACAGAUUUGAAAAAAUCAGCAAUAUUAUUAAACAAUUUAAGCUAAGCUGCAGUAAAUUGGCUGCAUCUUUCCAAAGUAUGGAAGUUAGGAACUCCAAUUUUGCAGCGUUCAUUGAUGUCUUCACAUCAAACACAUAUGUGAUGGUAAUCAUGUCCGAUCCCUCUAUACCUUCAGCAGCUACACUUAUCAAUAUUCGUAAUGCCAGGAAACACUUUGAGAAGCUGGAGAGGGUAGAUGGUCCCAAACACAGUCUUUUGGUGCGCUGAAGGGCAACUUUAUUAUAGACUGGAUAUCAGAUGGGUGUAUGAUGAAUUGAUAUUUCUUGAUAUAAUUCUUUAUAUCGUGUCUGUUUUUUGAGUAAUUUGCUGCAGUUGUCACAUUUUUUGUGACCAUGAGCAUCUAGUCACGUAAUUCGUGUCAUCUCCUGAAAGCAGCAGGACCUCUUUAUUCCAGACUCUGCUCCAAAACUCUUGCCAUGAAACAUUUUAUCUGAUCCCAGUAGAUGUCCCAUUUUUAUGGUAAUCAAUGCAAGAGCUGAAACCUUUAGAGAAGCAUUCUGUGGGGGUCUGUAAUAACAAGGCUUUUGACUUUACAUUCUGCAUGUAAAAUAUACUAUCUUUCUGACUUGACAAUCUAACCUUUUUUGCAACCUACAAAAAAAUGGCAUUAUGAUCAUAUGUACCUGUGAAAAUCCUGUCCAAGAAGAAGUAAUAUCUCUGCUUAUAAAGAGGAUGUGAAUAUAUUCACUUCCUGUAAUAAUCCAGUGUUAGUGCUGGAAUGAAUGACAUGGCUACUCCCACACCCCCCCCCCCCAAAAAUUGAGUUUGUGUUUCAGUAAUACAAUGUAGAAAUGUAUACAUUUUACCUAUUAUGCUGUUUUUCUUGAACCUUCUAAGAUCAUGGCACUUUUUUAAGAAGUUGAAUUAUAGAUGGUCCAUUGUCAGAAUUUUGCAUCAUUGCAUAUUCUCCUCUUCCCAUAAAUGAAUUUGUUUUUGCUGUGUCGGUAUGAGCUAGUGAGACGUUACCUUUUUUUCCUCUCCCUUCCCUCAUCCUCCGAGAUAGGAGAAGCCGUGGCCAGUCUUCCUGGGCUGCUCUUGCACAGUUCCCAACAUUUGGUGGGUUAAUGUAAGGGAGUGGAUUCUCUGCCUGUUCCCUGUUAAAAUAAUGCAAAGAAUUUAAUAAAAUCUAUUUCAAUAUUGAA